UAGUUGUAUAGAUCCUGACGGGAGACAGACAGCAGCGGGGGUCGAUAACAAACCAGAUUCGGUGAAUUAUUAUGACUGUAGUAAUAUGCAGCUAGCUCACUUGUAAUCUUUUAAAAGCCGCAAUCUGUGACAAGCAACUUAAGACAACGAAGACCAUGGAAAGGAAAAGUGUACCUGUUCAGCGCAUUCUCAACAAGCCGCAGAUAGUGCGCAGUCUUGGCAACAACCUUCAUUCAAAUGUGAACACAGGCUCCUCCAUGGCUGGACGCUCGCUCCUGACCAAAGUGCAACGCAGCAGACACAAGCACCUCUAUGACAUCAACCAUCAAAUCAGGACAAAACCUGAUUUAAACACAACACUACCAGUCCGACAGACGGCGUCCAUCUUCAAACAACCUGUCACCAAGGUGACAAAUCAUCCCAACAACAAGGUGAAGACAGACCCACAGAAGGCUGUGGACCAACCCAAACAACUGUUCUGGGAGAGGAAGUUGAGUGGGUUAAAUGCGUUUGACAUUGCAGAGGAGCUGGUGAAAACCAUGGAUCUCCCCAAAGGCUUACAAGGUGUUGGCCCUGCGUGUCCAGAUAAAACGCUCCUCUCUGCCAUCGCUAGCGCCCUGCACACCAGUCCUGCCCCCGUCACUGGACAGCUCACUGCUGCUGUGGAGAAAAACCCCGGAGUCUGGCUCAACACAGGACAGCCUCUCUGCAAGGCCUUUGUGGUGACUGAUGAUGACAUCAGGAAGCAGGAGGACCUGGUGCAGAGUGUGAGGAGGCGGCUUGAGGAAGCCCUUACAGCUGACAUGUUGGCUCAUAUAGAGGACAGCGCUACAGAAGAAGCUGCCAACAAAGUAGAGGAAAAGGAUGAGCAGGUCAACAAGGAGAAGUUAUAGCAAAUGUACACACAACAGCAGCACUGGUUUUUAAGUGUUGCUGAAGCCUUUUCUGCUCCUUUGACAUCCACUGUAAAGACCUGCGGUACACACUAACAUGUAACCCUCUGUCAUCUCUCCAACAGGCUAGUUUGACCUAAAGUUUGCUCGUUAACUCUACCUUUUUUUAAAGAAUGAACUCCAUUAAGACUUUUAUACACUUUUGAUUAAAAUAUUCCCUAAAUGCAGAUGUUAUGCAGUUUUUUUUUUUACCUAAACAAAAACUCAAUUCUUUUUUUUUUUUUUUGAAGGCGAAAUCCUGAAAAGGUGCUUUGAGUUUCAGUUCAUGUUUACCUCUACUUGUGAAUGGCAGUUGUGGAUGGUGCUUUAUACAAUCCAGUGUUAAUUUACUUCAAAGCUGUUCACAUACAAACCUGUUGUAUGUGCCAUUGUGUCUGAAUGUAUCUGUUCAUGUUGAAGUGUAUUGUUUUAAACUGUUCUACUAGAACAUUUUGCUCUUUUAUAUUUUCCUCUUGCACUGUAGACAGUGUUUUUAAGAUUUGGAAGCAUAGAAAUUUUGCAGUAUGUUUACAUUCACACACAACUCUUGUGGCUGUGAAUAUUGAAAAUGUUAACUUGUUUUGUUUAAAUGUUUAACAGUUCAAAAAAGUGUUAUUUCUCACAAUAACCUCAGUUUACAUUCGUAGUUUCAAAGUUUAAGUCAUGGUAUUUGUAUUCAGAAAAGAAUAAUCAGUGUUGUUUUGCAAACUACAUUUGAGUUUGGACUGUAGCAAAAGAUACAAAAACAUUUACAAUGCUGAUGUACCUCAUAACAAAAUGUACUGUACCUCAUAACAAGAAUCAAUUUUUGUCACUGUCAAAUAAAUGCAGCUUGUAAAUCA